ACAGCUGGGCGAGGGGAGCCAGGCGCCCGGAAGGAAAGCGCCCCCCAGACGCUGGGUGGGCUGCGCCGAGCGCUCGCGGACCUUCCUGGCUCGGAGAGGUGCGCACCGUCCGCACCUCGCCCAGCGCCUGACAUCUCCAGCUCAGGAGAUGGGCGCCGUAGCUUGAGUUCCUGAGUCCCUGGAGCCACCACCUGCGACUGUCCUUCGCUUCUGCUGAGCGGUGCCCAGCCGCCCUGUGAGACGAUUCCAGGACUUAGAAGAUCAUCCUCAAAAACCAAAAAUGAAGUUCACACUCACACGCCGGUGCUUGGUACUCUUCAUCUUUCUAAAUCACCCAACCCCAGUUCUUCCUGCUACUUCAAAUGACACCUAUCCUCCCAAUAUGGAGUCCGAGCCAUUUCUGUAUGUCCUAGGACGAAAGAAAAUGUCAGAUGCACAGUACAAAUGCUAUGACCGCAUGCAGCAGUUACCCCCAUACCAAGGAGAAGGUCCAUAUUGCAACCGCACCUGGGAUGGAUGGCUGUGCUGGGAUGAUACACCAGCUGGAGUAUUAUCCCAUCAGUACUGCCCAGAUUAUUUUCCAGACUUUGAUCCAUCAGAAAAGGUUACAAAAUACUGUGAUGAAAAAGGGGAUUGGUAUAAACAUCCUGAGAACAAUCGAACCUGGUCCAACUAUACUAUGUGUAAUGCUUUCACUCCUGAGAAACUGAAGAAUGCAUAUGUUCUGUACUACUUGGCUAUUGUGGGUCAUUCUUUGUCGAUUUUCACCUUGGUGAUUUCGCUGGGGAUUUUCGUGUUUUUCAAGAGCCUUGGCUGCCAAAGGGUGACUCUGCACAAGAACAUGUUUCUGACUUACAUUCUGAAUUCUAUGAUUAUCAUCAUCCACUUGGUUGAAGUAGUACCCAAUGGAGAGCUCGUGAGAAGGGAUCCGCUGAGCUGCAAGAUUUUGCAUUUUUUUCACCAGUACAUGAUGGCAUGCAAUUAUUUCUGGAUGCUCUGUGAAGGAAUCUAUCUGCACACACUCAUUGUGGUGGCCGUGUUCACUGAGGAGCAACACCUGCGGUGGUAUUAUCUCUUGGGCUGGGGGUUCCCGCUGGUGCCAACCACUAUCCAUGCGAUUACUAGGGCGCUGUACUUCAAUGACAACUGCUGGCUGAGUGUGGAAACCCAUUUGCUGUACAUCAUCCAUGGCCCCGUCAUGGCAGCACUGGUGGUCAAUUUCUUCUUCCUGCUCAACAUCGUCCGCGUGCUCGUGAGCAAAAUGAGGGAAACCCAGGAAGCCGAAUCCCACAUGUACCUGAAGGCGGUGAGGGCCACUCUGAUCCUGGUGCCCCUGCUGGGGAUCCAGUUUGUCGUCUUUCCCUGGAGGCCUUCGAACAAGAUGCUUGGGAAGAUAUACGAUUACCUGAUGCACUCUCUGAUUCAUUUCCAGGGAUUCUUCGUCGCCGUGAUUUACUGCUUCUGCAACAAUGAGGUGCAAACCACUGUGAAGCGUCAGUGGGCCCAGUUUAAAACCCAGUGGGACCAGCGCUGGGGGCGACCGAACCCCCGGCGCUCCGCGGCCAGUGCCGCCGCCGCCGCCGCCGAAGCCGGGGACAUCCCGGUUUACAUCUGCCAUCAGGAGCCGAGGAACGAAGCCGCCAACAACCUGGGCGAGGAGGGUGCCGAGGUCAUCGCUCUGGAAAUCAUCGAGCAAGAGUCAUCCGCUUGAAUGUGAAGCUAAUGCAGCAUCGUGAUCACUGAGCCUUCAUUUCCUGGGAGACAGACCGACCAUGCGUUUAAAGUGAUCCCCAUCCUCCCAGGAGCUGAGCAUAUCAUUUGUGAAGAAUUAUUAAGUGAAUUUGUCCAUAGUAAACCUGGAGAAAGUUAUCCUUGGUACUAUUGCUGUGGGAGACAGUCUAGGAAUGGGGUCUCCCACUGCAUCCCUUGUGAACUCCAUCUUUCAUCUGGGACUGAGAUGCAGAUGUCAUAGUAAUGCAAGCAAAGUAUCCAAGAAAAACACAAUUAAAUUGACCUAGUUCAGAAACAGGGUGCUCCUUGUUAAUCUUGAGCCAUUUAUAACUUUGAAAAAUUAAAAUCACGGUCACUAUCUUUCUUUUUAACUCUAGACUUUGAAUUAGAAUAUUUCUGUAUUUGGCUAUGGAUCUGAUUUUUAAUUUUUUUAUUUCAAUCAAUUCCGAUAUUACUCAGAUGUUUUACCAUCCACACAAUGUAAACCACACAAAUUAUAUGACCUCUGCAAGACCAAGUGGCUUUGACAGGAAUGAAAUUUUGUCUUUGAAUGAAAAAAGAAAUUUAGAGUCAAUUUGCUCAAAACAUUAGAUGGGCCAAUUUGUUAAUUGGUUUGUUAGUAUCAUGUGCUCAGUGUGGCUUUGGAUAGUCCUGUCAACUGAAAAGGCCCCAUCAGCUGUGAAGAACUGGCCUGCAUGCUGAAUGUGCUCUAGUCACGGACAUUUAUACAAGGGGAGGUCACAAAGAAUCCAUCACUAAAUUUUUCACAAAACUGCCAAAAAUAUAAUUUCUAGUGGAAGAGAAUAUUCUCUUUAAAGAGAGUUUUCCACUUUCUUAAGCUCCAGGAUUUAUAAAGCAAAUCACUCUAAGGUUUAUAAAGCAGAUUACCUCUUGCCCUUGGGUGCUAUCUAGCAGUAAAAGAUAAAUUUGCUUAAGACUGGUAAUUAAAAGACUCCAUAUAAAUCCAUUAACUGCCUUCUACCCAGCUUCAAAGCUUAACAAGAUCUCCGUCUUUUCCAGGAAGAUUCAGUAGGGCUAAUGAGAAAUCAGUUUGUAGUUGACCUCUUGUUUGCUGCUAUUAGCAAAACAGGAGGAGGAAAAGUAACUGCUACAAGUUGAACCAUCUACCAGUUCAUUUCAAAUAAAAGUAGAGGUUCUUAUUAAAACCCAAUACUAUAUCACCACGUCUCUCUUUACAUCCUCAGUAUAAAAUCUUCAAACAUCCCCGAAUAAACCAGUUCUCAUUACUGGCACCUGAAGUUCAUUUGUGAAUUUGCAAGAGUCAUCAGAGUUACCAUCAUUUGAUUCUGUGCUAAAUGAGGAGAUCCAUUGAAACCCUCCAAAUCUCAAGUCUCAUCUAUGUCGAUGCCACUGCCUUUCAGAGGUGAUGUAGUUGUGGAAAAACAAAAAGUUGAUUUGUUCUGGUUACAUAUUUCGUGCACCCAAAGAAAAUUAUAUUCCUUCAGUGAAAAUGUAUUUUGGAUACUAAAGUGGUUUACAUCUCCUUUACUGAAUGUAAGGGAGGAAUUGAAAAGAAGGUAUUUUUCCAAUCACAGUGUUUAUGUAGUGGUGUUCCUAUUUUCGUUUACAAACAUGGAAAACAGAGUAUUUGAGGCAGCUCUAGUACAAAUGUGAUAAUAUAUUGCUAAAUAUUCUAGACAUUAUUGUGCUAUUUUAGUAGGGGCUGACGAAACAACACAGCUUACCGUAGAAUUAUACAUAGUGCCAAAAUGAUGUGAACUGCUUACGCUAUGUAUAUGUAUAAAUUAAUACAGAGUAUGUUAAAA